AUGGCCAAUAGGCCUCCGCUGCUGUGGCUCCUGCUCGUCAUGUGCCAGUUCACUGGAGCGGCUGUGCAGGAUGAGAGCAUGUGUGACGCUCAGAUCCUGGUUAGAAGGAACACUGUUAUGCAGGCCUCUCCAACGAAGCCCCUGAUGCUGAAUUGCCCCGUCAAGUAUAGUGGCUGCAUCACACCACCAACUGUAACCUGGUGUAAGCUACUCACCGAUGGGUCGUGUGUCAACAUCAACAUGUCCGACAGCAUGGGUAUCGGUCGGGAGAAAGUUGUGGAGGGGAAAAUUACUAUCCAUCUGAUAUUCCUUCACGUGACCAAAGACGACGACGGCUUGUAUCGCUGUGAGAUUUCUGGGUCUGAGGAGAUCGUUAGCCACGCCAUUAACGUUUCCGUGACAGGCAUGGCAGUGCAACCUACAGAGAGGCCCUCAGCGGGGGAUGGCAGCACUGGGCUCCAUCAGAACUGGCUGCUGUACCUGGUGGUCAGUGCUGUGUGUCUACUGGUCAUCCUCACGGUCAUCCUCAUCUGCGUCUGCACUCUCAGAGCAGGAUAUGACCUUAAAGGACGCUGCCUCUGCAUUGAUUCCCUGAGAUGCCAUUCCUCCUCUAGUUACAUCGUAUAG